UCAUCCCAUCUCAUGCAUGGCUGCCAGUGAUGGUCUGCUGGGUGUCAGCUUUUAUUGGCACAGCACAAAGCGAGUGCCAAGGGCUCGGUGCCUCGACUCCCCGCUGCAGACCGGGCCUGUGGAUAAAAGCAAGCAAAAUGCUUCAACCGAGCUCAGAGACAUAGUCAUGUUGGGCUGGAACGAGGAAGUGCAGUGGAGAGGGGAGGGACUGAGGGCGCAGCUCCAUGGGGCCGCCGCGGCGCUGCGAUCUUCUGCACAUGGAGCCGGGGAGAGUUGGAAGAACUUCAUACUGCAAAGUCAAGGAAUAGCAGAGUACUUGCACCGCAUGGAGACAGAAGAGGCCCAGGAAAUGGCCCAGAUGCCAGGUAGGGACAGCUCCCCUGCCAACGAAGCGUCCGAGGAGGCCGAGGAGCCCAUGGCCGUCCCAGAGGACCUGUCGGCCAGCUCCACUCACCAGCAAAACAACAGAGGGGACAAAGCCUGUAACAUUAAAGUUGAGGCUCGCAGUGAUGAGGAGAAUGGGCUGGCCUGUGACAUGAAUGGCGAGGAGGAGGAGUGCGCGGAAGACUUGCGCGUGAUCGAUGCCUCGGGGGUCAAGGUGAACGGCUCACAACCGAGCCCUGAAGCCAAGGCCUUCUCCUCAGCCGGCGGUAUUCGGCUACCCAACGGGAAGCUCAAGUGUGAUAUCUGUGGGAUAGUUUGCAUUGGCCCCAAUGUGUUGAUGGUACACAAGCGAAGCCACACCGGAGAGCGGCCCUUCCAGUGCAGCCAGUGCGGCGCUUCUUUCACACAGAAGGGCAACCUGCUGCGUCACAUCAAACUCCACUCAGGAGAGAAACCCUUCAAGUGUCACCUGUGCAGCUACGCCUGUCGCAGGAGGGACGCCCUCACCGGACAUCUGCGCACCCACUCAGUUGGAAAACCCCACAAAUGUGCUUAUUGUGGGCGAAGCUACAAACAGCGUAGCUCUCUAGAAGAACACAAGGAGCGGUGCCAUAACUACCUCCAGUGCAUGGGUCUACAGAACACCAUCUACACAGUAAAGGAAGAAAGCAACCACAAUGAGCAGAGGGAAGACUUAAGCCAGACGGGAUCUGACAGAGCCUUGGUGCUAGACAGACUAGCUAAUAAUGUAGCUAAACGUAAGAGCACUAUGCCACAGAAGUUUGUGGGUGACAAGCGUCUGUCAGACCUCUCCUACGACGGAGGAGCCGGGGAGCUGAUUCAGCCCCACGUCAUGGACCAGGCCAUCAACAGCGCCAUCAGCUACCUGGGUGCUGAAUCUCUCCGGCCUCUGGUGCAGACCUCACCAGCCUCCUCCUCUGAUGUGGCUAUCGGCUCCAUGUACCCCCUCCACAAGCCGGCGUCUGAAGUCCAUGCAGGGUCGGGCCACAGCCUGUCAGCUAAGGACAGCGCAGCUGAAAAUUUACUGCUGCUCUCCAAGUCCAAGUCUGCAUCCAUCGAGAAGGAUGGCUCGCCCAGCCCGAGCGGCCAGGACUCCACCGACACCGACAGCAACAACGAGGACCGACCAGCCGGGGGAGCCUCUGGUCUCAUCUACCUGACCAACCACAUCACCUCAGGGGGGAGGAACGGCGUGCUGCCCCUGGUGAAGGAGGAGCAGCAGAGGCAGUACGAGGCCAUCCGGGCCAGCAUCGAGAUGGCCUCCGAGGGCUUCAAGGUGGUGACAUCUGACGGGGAGCAGGUGAGGGCGUACCGCUGUGAACACUGCCGCGUCCUCUUCCUGGACCACGUCAUGUACACCAUUCACAUGGGCUGUCACGGCUUCAGAGACGCUUUCGAGUGCAACCUCUGUGGUCAUCGGAGUCAAGACCGCUACGAGUUCUUCUCCCACAUCACAAGAGGCGAGCAUCGCUACUGAGGCCCCAGUGCACACUUUCGUGCAGACACACAGGUGUACAUGUGGACAACAUGCUCGUAUACAUUCAGCACACUGGGGAAAUAAAUAGGGGAGCCCGGGGAGCAAAGUAACACAGAGCAUCAUGUUUACUGUCACACUUUCCCUUGGCAACACAAGAUAAACAGAUAAUUCCUAAGUUUUAGAAAAGCUCCGGCAUGUACCCACUAAAAUGUAGUGAGUAAAUAGAUAAAUGAAUAAGUCCAUCCCCUACAGUUUGUUAACAAUAACUCAAAAACAUUAGGUUCUGUCACUGUGUAAGUCUUCAUAUUAAAAACAAAUAUAAUGAGAACAAACCCUUUGGCAUCAGGUAUAUUUUGACACACCAGAUCAAUCUAAAAAUUAGCUUUGUUUUGCCUGUAUAAUAUCCCAUAGUCAUGCCUGCCACCUGCUGGAUGGUUAGUGGAUUCUGGAUUGAUGAUGGAUUAGAAGCAGGUGUGGAUGUCAGUCAGAGUUAUAGACGUCUUAACAACCAAGUUUGUGUUGGUGUCACAAAAAGUGAUUUAAUCUUAUUAGUUUGUGAUACUGUCAAGAAAUGUGUUACAUUUUCAUAGCGGUAUCACAAAAUUAUUCAUCACCUCCUUGAAUGUGUCCCAAAUCAGGGGCAGCAUUCUUCAAAGGCUGCUUUCAUUAACCACAUACAAGAUUGCGGCGCUACUAGGUGAAGACUACUUAGAAUGCAGCCUCCCCUCUCAUUUAAAUGACUAUUUUCCAGAGUAUA